CCACAGGAAAACGAUGACUGCGACACUCCCUGAAAUAAGUACGUCGUCAUUCACAUCGCAUUGUUUAGCGGCGUUUGUUCUACGACUGGUUUUGAUACUGUACGCCAACUUUCACGACGAGUACUUGGCGGUACCGUACACAGACGUAGACUAUAAAGUAUUUACUGACGCCGCUAGGCACGUGGUGGAACAGAGAUCGCCGUUCGACCGCCAUACUUAUCGUUAUUCGCCCCUUCUGGCUUGGCUUUUGACACCGAAUGUCAUAUUGCACAAGGAUUUCGGGAAGAUCUUGUUUUCCGUGGUUGACAUACUGAUUGCGGUCCUAAUUAACAAUAUUCUCGCGCGACAGAGAUGUAAUAAAGUCGUAAGAGAUCACUGUGCGCUCCUAUGGCUCUAUAAUCCGUUAACGUUGGUGAUCUCGACGAGAGGCAACGCUGACUCGCUGGCAGUUCUUUUAGUCGCGCUUACAUUGGAUCUUUUACAGAGAGACAAAAUUGUAUCUGCCGGAUUGUUGCACGGAAUAUCUAUACAUUUCAGAUUGUAUCCGUUGAUGUUCAGUUUGCCCAUGUUUCUGUCUCUGUGUAAAGGUAAUCGCUUUCUGCCGAACAGGGACCAAUGGAGGCUCGUGCUGAGUUGCGCCUUCUCGAUCCUUACGUUAACAGCCACGGGUUAUUGCCUGUACGGCUUUAAAUUCUUAUACGAGAGUUUUUUGUAUCAUUUAGUGCGUAAAGACACGAGGCACAAUUUUUCCGUGUAUUUCUACAUGCUCUAUUUAUCCGCCAAUCAGCCGCAGGACGUAAUCCAGAAGAUCCUCACGUUUCUGCCGCAAUUGAUACUGUUGCUGAUGUCGUCGUAUUAUUAUUCGGAAAAGUCCAAGUUGCCGUUCGCUAUGUUCGUACAGGCGAUAAUCGCGGUGAUGUAUAAUCCGGUGAUAACUUCCCAGUAUUUCUUCUGGUUUCUGUCUUUGUUACCUCUGUGUCUGCCAAGUAUCGAAAUGAGCCUGCGUAGGGGCGUAUGUUUAGCGUGUUCUUGGAUUUUAAGUCAAGCUAUUUGGUUGUAUACUGCUUACAUGCUAGAAUUUCAAAGUUUUAAUUCGUUCGUUCUUCUUUGGUUAUCUAGUCUUCUCUUUUUUGCCGUUAAUGUAAAGGUUUUAGUAGACAUUAUUCAUCAUUACAAAGGUUAAUUAUAUAAAACUUAAUUAGCUUAUAAUAUUUAUCUCAAUGAGAUGUUCUGUACAUAUUACAAAAAAUAAACAAUUAAAAAAUCACAAGAAAGACUUAUGGAAUAUCUUGUUACGUAUGUCUUUAAAUGAUGAUCUUAUACCUGUAGUAACAUGAAAAUCAAUUAUGACUUGUAAGUAAAUUACACAGAAUUAUGUUAUUUUUUUAAUGAACGUACAGGAUGACAAAAUUGCAGACACGAUAACCUCGCGAAUGAAUUCUUUGCACAAAUUUAGGUCGACUUUGGUCGAAUCAAAUAAUUGUUAUUUAGUUCUUUAAGUUUUAUUAGAUGAGCACGAUGCACUUUGAACUUACAACGUAAUAACAAAAGAUUUCACAGCUGUAAUUUUGUGACAUCCCGUACUAUUAAUACCUGGAAAGUGCCUUGGGUAGCAGAUGCUGGAUUGUUCAAAAAACUUGAAUUUAUUUAAGUUUUAAUAAAAAAGCACAUAUUAUCUACAA